AUAUAUAUAUAUAUAUAUAUAUAUAUAUGAAGGAUAGGAAAGGAAAAGUAAUAGGCAUGAAGAAGAAAUCCAGACUUGUCCUUCAACUUUCCCCUCCAUUGGCUCAUGAUCACUCUCUGAUGUGCUCGUCAACAAGAAAACAGAUCACAAUUUUUCACCAUGCACAAGCUGGGGUUUAUGAUACAUCUGAACUUCAGGCCUUAGCCAUCUUAUGGCUUGCAAGAGGAGAAAUGAAAUCAUCAAACUUGGAAACACCAUCUUUGCAUUUUCAAUUGCAUAGGCCUUAUGGAUUGUCAAUCAAAAAAUCUCUACAUAUAUUUCUGCAAAAGAGAAGAGAUAGGAUUAAGCAGUCUCUAUAAAAUUAAAAAAGAAACUAAUUAGCCAUGAUCAAGAAUUUAAGGAAUUAUGAUGAUCAUGUUGAUUACCAUAUUGAUCAUUAUUUUUAUGUUGUAAUUGAUCAUUAUUGAGGAAUUGGAGGAUUGGAUUAAUAUUUAUGUA